CAACAUGGCCACUGAGGAUGAUGUUCGUCUUCAGCAGUUAAUGGAUCGUGAGAUACCUUCCUCACGUCAAGCUCUGAAAGACAGUCACAGGAACCUGGCCGAGCUCGCUAGUUAUUGUGAGGCCAACUACGUGGAUUGCACAGACAAGGCUACCGCACUAGAAGAAACCAAGAAAUAUGCCAUACAGUCUCUAGCUAGCGUAGCUUAUCAGAUAAACAUGUUGGCUACAAAUGUCAUGCAGAUGUUGGAGAUACAGACAGAGCAGUUAGGUCACAUGGAGUCGAACCUGAAUCAUCUUGAUCAGAGUGUUGACAAUUAUAAAGAGAAUGUUGCUCGGCGGAAGGUGGGCAGUCUGGCUAUUUCCAAACACUUGACUAAGACGCCACACAAAGUUGCAGCACCUCUAGAGCCAGAAAAACCACAAAGAUACAAAAGAGUUCCUAUUGAUUAUGGGAUACUAGAUGAUAUUGGUCAUGGAGUGAAACCGACCAAUGAUGCUGGUAGAUUAUUUCAAGGAGGAAGAAGAGAAAGCAACACCAGCUUAAGGAUUCGAAUAGCUACUGGUUCAAUGCGGAGCAAUGUCUCAGCUCCGAUGCCACCAAUUGCUCCUAUGGCUCCUCCUGCUCCCAAAGCUCCUACUGCUCCAGUUUCAUCAUCUUCAUAUGAUAUAGGCAAUUCAUUUGCUCUUCCUUCUCCACCACCUCCUCCAGGACUACCUCCAUCUGGUCCUUCUAAUGCAUCAUCACCACCGCCGCCGCCGCCACCACCACCACAGCAACAACAACAACAACAACAAGCUGGUACAGUAUAUAUUUUAUUUGAAAUACUAACUGCUUUUGCUUUCUCUUUAUCUACUUAUCCAUUUGUCCACUAGAUUAUCUAUGAGUGUCUGUUUGACUGCCUGUCUUGGUGUUUGUCAGUGAAUACUUUUGCAUGUGGAAGCAGUACUAUUGUUAAGGGUUUGUAAAUAGCUGGACAAACAUUUUGUCGUGCUUGCAUAGACAGGUCAGUUCUAUGUAACCAGACUCAAGUUCUUUAUAAUUUUUUGAACUCAGAUAUUGCAACGUAGAUUAUCAAAGACUCAAGAGGUGUUCUACUACACAAGUCUGGUCAAACAGUAACUUUCCUGUACAUGCAAGUCUGGCACAACGUUUUCCAGUUAUUUGUAAACCUUUUAAUUGCUACCUUUUUCAUUUGCUGUGCAAACUAGAAUUAAAACUUUUUCCAGUGUGUGAAAUAGUCUUUGACUGACCACCGGACAUCAUGUCCCUGUCAAUUUAGAAUUUGCAGAACAUUAGAAACAUCUGGUCAGAUAUUCCAAUCGUGGCGAGUACUGCUUAUCACUUUGCAAUUAAUCAUGAAAAUUGGUUCCAUCACUGGCACGAGUGUGGGCGUGC